ACGGCGACGAAGAGGAAGGCCGUGCGCGUCCCCACAGGCAGUACGGAGAGCGAACCAGAGAGCGGUAGCUAUGGCGGACACUAGUAACAGCAAUGGCAGUGGGGCCGCGGCGGUAUCCGGAGCCGGCGCCGCUGGAGGAACCAGCGCUGCCGGAAGCACCGAAGCGCCCAAGUUGAGUCCGGAGUCGGUCAAGGGCCAGUUCUUCGACGUGGGCCCUCGCUACACCGACCUGACGUACAUCGGGGAGGGGGCCUACGGGAUGGUGUGCUCAGCCUAUGAUAACGUGAACAAACAUCGGGUGGCCAUCAAGAAGAUCAGCCCAUUUGAGCACCAGACUUACUGCCAGCGCACUCUGCGUGAGAUUAAGAUCCUGCUGCGCUUCAGACAUGAGAACAUCAUCGGGAUCAAUGACAUUCUGAGGGCGCGUUCGCUCCAGAACAUGCGUGACGUCUACAUUGUGCAGGACCUGAUGGAGACUGAUCUCUACAAGCUCCUCAAGACACAACAGCUCAGCAAUGAUCAUAUCUGCUACUUCCUGUAUCAGAUUCUGCGUGGCCUCAAAUACAUCCACUCAGCAAAUGUUCUUCACCGGGACCUGAAGCCCUCCAACUUGCUGAUUAAUACCACUUGUGAUCUUAAGAUUUGUGACUUUGGCCUGGCUCGAAUAGCUGACCCUGAGCAUGACCACACAGGAUUCCUCACAGAGUAUGUCGCCACUCGCUGGUACCGGGCCCCCGAAAUCAUGCUGAACUCCAAGGGCUACACCAAAUCCAUAGACAUUUGGUCAGUUGGUUGCAUUCUGGCUGAAAUGCUGUCCAACAGGCCAAUUUUCCCUGGCAAGCAUUACCUAGACCAGCUUAACCAUAUCCUGGGUAUUCUUGGCUCUCCAUCGAUUGAUGACCUGAAUUGUAUCAUAAACCACAAGGCACGCAAUUACUUGCAAUCCCUGCCACAGAAGCCUAAGAUCGCCUGGAACAAGAUGUUCCCCAAAGCGGAUGGGAAAGCUUUGGAUCUGCUGGAUCGAAUGUUGACUUUCAACCCCAAUAGGCGCAUCACUGUGGAGGAGGCACUGGCUCACCCUUACCUGGAGCAGUACUAUGACCCAAGUGAUGAGCCAGUGGCAGAGGAGCCCUUCACGUUCAACAUGGAGUUGGACGACUUGCCCAAGGAGAAGCUAAAGGAGCUGAUCUUUGAGGAAACUGCACGUUUCCAGGCCACCUACCAGGGCUCUUGAGGAGGCAGUGGAUACCACUUUGGUGGCGUAAUCUCCCUUUUUGUCUCUGAAGUGGACGACGGAGAAGGCGAGUGACACAGGACUUUUUUUCUUUUCCUGCAGAAGAACAAAAACAAACAAACAAAAAAAAAAAGGAAACAAAAGUGAACUAGAAAACCCAACCAAAUACUUUGUAAUGCUCCAGCGUACUCGCACCACACCUGUACCUCGCCCCACCCUCAUACCUCUUUUCUGCUCUGCAAGUCCUGCUUUUGUUCCUCGAUGCUCUUGUGGCCAAGGUCUUUAGCGUUAAGAGUGCAGCUACAACUGCAAGCACAGUUUUGUGGUCUUUCGGAUUGGGUGGGGGGUGGGGGGGGCUAGUUGUCCUGUGCUGCUGGCUGUGCCCGUUUCCUUUUCCUUCUACCUUGACCCAAUCCCCUUUGCUUUCUGACCCAGGACCUCCCGUUCUGGCGUCACAUGGGAAAGUUCACUUGACCGGAUGGUCUGCUGCAGGGUUCAGUUGCUUGGAUUUUUUGUUUUUUUUUUUACUCUGUUAGCUGUGCGGUUUCGUCUGUGUGUCAUUUCUGGAGGGCCCCCUAUACCUUUGCCCUAACGUUUGUGUCCCCCGCACCCGUCUUCACACUGCUUUGCUCCCUACUGUUGUCUGGACAGAAGAGCAAAACUGAGGCAUGAACAGACAGAUGAUCUUUGUGAUUUUUGUUUUUCGUUGUUAUUCCAAUGAGAAGGAAAUGAGCAAUUGGACUAGAUAAAAUUUGUCCGAAUUGUGGGAAACGUCGGCACGACAGCGGUGUGGCAUUUUCUUUUGCUUCUUUUAUGCUUGUCGCUUCCUUGCCUUCCCUUUGGUUUAUCGGUGCCAUGGCUAUCUGGGAAUUCCCACUCUCUCUCUCUUUCUCUUUCGUCUUCACCCCCAAGUAACCGGCCAGGGGGGGCGCACCAAACGGUUGAUGCGCAUUGAGUCUGCUGGCCACCCUGUCCCCAUUGGAAUGUGGUCUGCAUGAUCAGGUGACCCCUCGUCUGCCACAAGUGGUUUUAUCUGAACGUGACUGAUGGAGCAGAGCGUAUGGGCCGAACGCAACGUGAACGUUUAAAAGAAAGAAAGCUCACUUUGUAAAGAUAACUUGGGUCUUAAUGUAACAUAACGGAACCUUAGAAUGUAAGACAGACAGUCGAAAAAUAUCACUUUUUUAUAUAUAUAUAUAUAUAUAUAUAUAUAUUAAAAUAUACAUAUAUAUAUUUUGUGCAAUGGGUUAUAUGGUUGUUUUGGGAAUGUUUAAUGGUAAAAUUGGUAAUGUGUAUGUGACUCUAAAAUGCUCUAUGAAUUUGUUUUUAUUACUAUUUUCUUUGCUGUUUUUUUUUUUUUUCAAGAAAAAAAGGAUGGGGGGGUUGAGUCUGACCCGCUCUUGGAUAUAUAUAUAUAUAUAUAUAUAUACUUUUUUUUUUUUUUUUCAUUCUCAGCUUGUAACUAAAUCUCCUAAUUGAAGUAUUAAUAAGGGCAUCAUGUUGGAACUUAUCAAGGCAUCCUGUAGUGAUUGAUUUGAAAAGUCUUAUUAAAGCCGACUUGGAAAAAAAAAACAAUGAUAAUAAUAUGUGUAUAUAUUGGGAGUGUUGGGUGUUACAGUGCAUCAUGGGUCGGCCCCUGGUGUCAGUCCCUGGUUACUACUACUGUUUUAUUUUAAACCGAUGGGGCAUUACUGGAUCAGAUCAGUUAAAACUCAUUUUUUAAAGAAACAUAUGCCGGUGUCUGGACAGGUUUAAGGCAGCUGACAAAUGGCAGUGAUUGCUUUAAGGUGACACCUGCACAAAACAAAGGUGGCACCACAGUUCUUUAGAGAGGAGGUUGGGAGCAUACACUGAUAGCACAUUGCUACACUCACCACCCGGAUUGGGGCCCGAGUGCAGCGGGUGACACCUCAGCACCACACUGGAACAGUGGAAGGUGUUUUUUUUUUAUGGCGGCUGGAGUGCCAAUCCUGCCAAGAUUCCCCUCUUAAAUUGGAGGACCUCCUCUUUCGGAGGAUGGAUGCAGGUUAACGUCAUGCCCAGGGCGAAGCAAUAGCAGGUUAAGGGCCUAAUUCCAGCUAAUCAAGAGUUAUGGUGCCUAACUGGAUGUGAGGGCGCCAAGUUCAAUAUUUGCCCAGUUGAUGCAUUGCCCGUUCUGCUUCAGUUUGAUUAUUAAAGCCGGAUGACCAAAAGUUCAAAUUUUAAAGCAGUGGAUGUGGCUUAUUUAAGGCACCUUAUUUUUUUAGUUCAGCUAAGGGCGAGGGGGGCCUAGUUUGGUUUAUUUAGGGUGGACUCAAGUUCCUCAGGGUGCCUAAUUUGGCUUUUGUUCAGUAAGUGUCAUUUCUAAUUUGUUUUAAGGUGGUGGCAGAAUUAGAUAAUUUAAGGUGGUUAACGCAAAACAAACUGGUUUAAGGCACUGUUGGGGGGGGGGGGGGUCUGGUAAAUUUAGUGUGGAUUUUGGGGGGCCUAAUUAUUUAAUUAAUGCAAAGUACAUAAGGUGGUAUCUAAAUGAGAUUAUUUAAAGCAUCGGACCAACAGUUGAAUUUUUUAAGGUGGUUUACGGAGGUGAUGUCGUUUAUUUAAGGUGGACAGCCAGUUCUAAGGUGGGGUGUUACUGACCUUUCUAAAUUGAACUUUCACUCGGUUAAGGGUGAGGGUGUCUACUUUGGUGUAUUUGGAGCAAAUUCCCAAGUCUAUGGGUACCUCAUUUGUUGGGGUUUUUUUUUGGUCAGUGAUUGCAUUGCAUUUCUAAUUUAUUUAAAGUUGGUACCGUAGUUGGCAUAUUUAAGGCAGUCAAUACAAAACAAACGGGAUUAAGACCGCAAUCUGGCUGAAGCACAAGGGGUCCUGAUAAAUUUGGUUUAUUUAGUUUUUGGGGUACCUAAUUAAACUGUUUAAUUAGUGCAACCUUAUUUACAUAUCUUAUUACGUAUCUAAUUGAGAUUAUUUAAGGCUGCUGAAGAAAAGUUUAAUUUUUUAAGGCGGUUAACAGAGAUGAUGAGAUUUGUUUAAGGUGGACAGCCAGUUCAAAGAUUUAUUUAUAUUUUGUAUGGAACAUUCUAAAUUAAAAUUUCGUUUGGUUAAGCAGAGGGCACCUAAUUUGGGGACUUCCUAGAUCUGAUGGGGCUUAAUUAGUUUUCCAUUCCAUGAGUGCAAUUUGUAAUUUGCUUAAAGUGGUACCAGAGUUGGUGUAUUUAAGAUGGUUAAAACAAAGCUAACUGGUUUCAGGCAGCAGACUAGUUCAAGCAUGAGGGUCUUGAUAAAUUUGGGGUAUUUAAUUUUUGGGGUACCUAAUUGAACUGUUCAAUUAAUGCAAGAGCUUCUCUACUUGAAAGUGCGUCUGAAGGUGAUUAUUGAAGGCAGCUGACCAAUGUCUUUGUUUAAGGUUGUUAACAAAACCAGCACAACUGCUUCAAGCAUGAGGGAGUCUGUAAAUUUGAAUUUGAUUAAUUUUUUUGGAGUUCCUAAUUAUGUUGUAAAAGUAACAUGAAGAUAAGGUGGGCUCUAAACUAGAUUAUUCCUUUUUUUUUUUUUUUUGAGAUGGUUAACAGAGCUGGCACGACAGGUUCAAAGCCUUUGACCACUUGAACUGUAAGGUGCCCCCCUAAGUUAAGGUGCAGGUGUCUAAUUUGGUUUCUUUAAGGCAGCUUUCUGAGCUAGAGGGCGCCUCAUUUCAUUUUUGUCUGAUCUGUUGAUGCUGGUGUCUAAAAUCGAUUACUGAUGGCAGCUGAGUUGCCUGCUUGUGUUUUUUAUGGUAACCUUCUAAUGUGUGAUGGGACGAAUCGAAUGUUAUCAUUUAAAGUGGGUGUCUAACUGGCAGAUAUUGUGCCUAAUUCAAUUGUUUAAUUCCCGGUGGCCCCCGUAAAGAUGAAGGUGUCAGUUUUCAUUUACAAAGGUUUUCCUUCUUGAGUGAACUCCGCCCAAGCUGGUGGCCAUUGAAAUUGCACCGUUGAAAGCAGGUGACUUGGUAAAUCGGUUGCUUUGAGGCAGUUCUGUUUAAACUGAUGUCUAAAUUCAGGCAGGGUGUGACAAUCUAACGUGGAUUUUGGACCUCUUUGGCUAACUUCAAGUCUCUUCAAGGUUAAAGAUUGGGGAAGUUAACGUUUAGGGCUUGAAGCAGAGUCUCCACGCGUCUUCGAAGCUGUGCCUAAUUCACUUGGUUUAUUCAUGGCGGCUUGCUGUAGCCGGGGGUGUCAGGUCGGCGUUGUAAAGGCCAUUUCCUAAAACUGGGGGUGCCAAAUGAGUUUGAUGUUGCGCUGAUGCCUGCUUGCGUUGGUUUGAUGUGUCGGUGCCUAAUUCAUGGAGUUUAUUUAAGGGGGCUCACUAAAGUGCCUUACAGAAGAUGAUGAGGAAGGCAUCUUAUCAAACGGCUGGAGAUUUGGUCAGGUUUCUUUCAAGCUUUUUCAGACGCUUUGAAUUUAUUUAUUUAUUAUUUGUUUUUUGGGUGCCACUUGUUGACUACAGCCAGACGAGACAUUCCCUUCAAACCCAAAUGUGGAAGAGGUGGCACCUGUAAAGCUGGCUGUGCAUAUCGCGUCUUGUGCAAUGUUGACUGUGUUUUUAGGUGUCUCCUCAGAGCCGAUGACCUGCGAUGGGGGGGGCUGCAUGCGCGUCACAUGAUCUGCGGGAGCUCAAUCCCCUCCCCCCCUCCCCCUCCUGCAUUGUAAAGUCGAGGCCACGUCAACCCCCUUCCUUCAAACAGAGGUCCUUGGUCCUUUUCGGAAAAUGCAAAUGAUGUGUGAAGACCUUGUUUUUAAAGGGAUAUCGAUAUAUAUACAUAUAUAUAUAUAUAUAAUUUUUUUGUUUAAAAAAAAACUGCUUCUUGUUUGACAUAUUUGAAAUAAUGGGAAAGAAAACUGAAUGAAUAUUAUAACAAAAAUUAAAGGCAAAUUGCUGUAAUUGUGAA